UCCGCGAGAAUUGUUUCCGGGGGGGUCCUGGGGUUUGCGCCGCAAGGCCGCGAGCGAGCAGGCGACCCUGCGGCGCCAGUGUCAGCCCGGCGUCCUGCCUUCCUAAUUUAGGGCUGCUUGACCUUUUCCUUCCGUCGGUCCCUGGGGGAACCCGGCUCUGGGCUGGCGGCGAGUUGGGCUUGCUGGUGGGUCCAAAGGGGCGCGCGUGGAGUAUGGACGCGGGAGGUCGCUGACUCCUUUAGCCCCGCGUUUCUCUUCUGCAAAACUGGGUUUCAUUCCUUGCUCUGCUAGAUUGAGCCCACUAGCCAUGGCAGCCCCAUCUAUGAAAGAAAGGGAGGUUUGCUGGGGAGCCCGGGAUGAGUACUGGAAGUGUUUAGAUGAGAACAGAGAGGACUCUUCUCAAUGCAAGAAGUUAAGAAGCUCGUUUGAGUCAAGUUGUCCUCAGCAGUGGAUAAAAUACUUUGAUAAAAGAAGAGACUACUUAAAAUUCAAAGAAAAAUUUGAAGCAGGACAAUUCCAACCUUCAAAAACAACUGCAAAAUCCUAGGAUAUUCCUGUUUUUCAGAAAAGUUGAAGCUAUUAUUUCUGGACAUUCAAAAAUCUCCACUGACUUCAGGACAAGAGUACUGAUGGUAAACAUCAGUACUUUUUCCAUAUAAACAACACUUAAAUAAAAAUGAUGAAGUAACAAAAAAGUCCAUCAUUCAAACUAUGAAGAAUUAAAAUAAAGUAAUAUGAAAUACUUAGUUGUAAUUUAGUAAGAAGUCUGUAUUUUAAGAAAAUUAAAGCCCAUUAUUAAAAAAACACAAGCA